UGCAGAGGGUGGGGAGAGGGCCGGGGGUAGAGUUCAGGUUCACCAGAAGUGUAGUAUCUGGGCCCCAAGGAUGCCCUGAGUUGGCACCUGCAGUGAGAGAGAGCUAGCUGCUUGCAGGGAUGAUCAUGCCAUAGAUGCUGUGGGAACCAAGGAAAUGGGAAGCCCAGGUGAGCCCCUAGCGAGUUGUAUCAACCUACACCUAUCCACACACUUAGUGUGCAGAUGUCCCAACUCUUGGGUUGGACAGUCAUCUCUGUCCAGUGGGACACAGAGAUGGGAAGUCACAGCUUGGAAUGUCAAUAUUUUUUACUAUUUUAGAGGCAUAUUUUGGAUAAAAGUCCUUGCUCACAGCAUCAUUUUUUCUCUGUAUAUCUUCACAGACUCGACUGGUGACAGUCCUGCUACAGAUGAAAACUUCCACUGUGGCGGUUUGCUCACAAAUAAUUCGGGCUCCAUCUCCAGCCCUUGGUAUCCUAAAAAAUACCCCACAAAUGUGGUGUGUGCCUGGGACAUACAAGUGGAUGCCAGGGCUCAUGUCAAGCUCACGUUUGAUGUGGUGAAGAUGGAAAACUUCUUUGGAUGUCCGUACGACUUCAUUGAAAUCUUUGAUGGCCCACAGAGCGAAUCUUUUUCUCUGGGAAGAUUCUGUUCUGGUACAACCCCAGUAUUCACCUCCUCCUCAAACCACUUGACGGUAGUCUUCCACAGCGACGCUAUCAUCACCAACAUGGGCUUUUUUGCAUCCUAUGAGUCUCUUGUGCAAGACGAGAACAAUACCGAUGUGGCCCUCAGGCUGGCCGGAGGCAGCCACCGGUGCGAGGGCCGCGUGGAGCUGCACUACAACGGCACCUGGGGGACCGUGUGUGACGACAGCUGGGACCCACGUGACGCGCAGGUGGUGUGCAGGCAGCUGGCCUGUGGCAGGGCGGUGUCGGCCCCCGGCAGGGCGCAUUUCCACCAAGGCGUGGGCCCCAUUGCUCUGGACGACGUGGAGUGCGUGGGGACGGAAGCCAGGCUGUGGCAGUGCCUGCACAGCGGCUGGUUCUCCCACAACUGCGGCCACCACGAGGAUGCCGGCGUCAUCUGCUCAGCAUCUUUCCCAAAGCUGGCAGAAGUGCCCACGUCAGCAGGUUUGGGUCUGCGGCUGGUGAAUGGGUCAAGCAGGUGCGAAGGCCGAGUGGAAGUCCACCACGCGGACACCUGGGGCACGGUGUGUGAUGACAGCUGGUCCAUAGAGGAUGCCCACGUGGUCUGCAGACAGCUUGGCUGUGGCCCGGCUGUGUCCGCCCUCUCUGGGGCCAGUUUCAGCCCCGGGUCAGGCAGCAUCCUCCUGGAUGACGUCAAGUGCACAGGAAGUGAGUCCUCACUGGGGCAGUGCCCUCUCAGCGGCUGGCUCACACACAACUGUGGGCACCACCAGGACGCCGGUGUCAUCUGCUCAGAUGAGCGCAGGCUGGCAUUUGUGGCCCACAGAAAUGUAGCCAACAUGAUUUUCAUGGCCCCGGUGCCGUACGGAAUAAAAGCUGUGCUCAUCAGAGACAAGCUGGUGGUAUGUUUGGUUCCUGCAGAUCUGCCGGUGGUGAGGCUGGCGGCGGGGAGCAGCAGGUGCGAGGGCCGCGUGGAGAUCCUCUACAACGGCACCUGGGGGACCGUGUGCGACGACCUCUGGGACCUUUCGGCCGCACAGGUGGUGUGCCGGCAGCUGGGCUGCGGAAUGGCACUGGCAGCCCCAAGGAGCAGUCUGUUUGGCGAUGGCUCGGGCCCCAUCUUCCUGGACGAUGUGCGCUGCACGGGCGAUGAGACCAGCCUGGGGCAGUGCAUCCAUCGUGGCCUGUCGGUCCAUAACUGCGGUCACCACGAGGAUGCCGGAGCCGUCUGCUCAGGAGGUCUCAGAAGCGCAGUUGCCUUUGCCAGGAUUUCCCGAACCGGCACACGGGGACAGAUGUGGGUUCACGUGCCCAUCGGCUGGUGUGUCCACGAGCGUUUCUGCAAGUGCGCACCUGCUGACAUGAAUGCCUUGUGCUUUCUCUUUCAGCUGCCGAAGCUGCCCCAGAAUCAGCGGAAACAGCUCCUGCAGUUGUCCCGUUCCAGUAACAACCCCGAGUCUUCCCCAGACCUGCCCAUCAUCAGGCUGGCGGAUGGGAGCAACCGCUGUGAAGGUCGCAUCGAGGUGUACCACAACGGCACGUGGGGGACCGUGUGUGAUGACCUCUGGAGCAUCAGCGCAGCCCGCGUUGUGUGCCGGCAGCUGGACUGCGGGGAGGGCGUCAGAGCCCUGGGGAACGGCCACUUUGGGGAAGGUGUGGGGAGCAUCCUCCUGGACGACGUGCAGUGCCGGGGCAAUGAGACCACACUAGGCCAGUGCCGGCACCUGGGUUUGUCCAUCCACAACUGUGGCCACCAUGAGGACGCCGGGGUCAUCUGCUCAGUUUCAGCAUCAGCCACAGAAAUGACCACUUCACCUGUUCCUACCUCCGUUUCAGCCACCGAUUCGGCCCUUGGAACUGGUAACAAGUUUUCUGCUGAUUUGUCCUGUCACUGCGCAAUUCCUACUUCAGCAGAAGCGACGUCUUCACCUGUAAUGCCCUCUGCCCCCUGCAAAUGUAGGCAGAUGGGGCAGCAAGACUGCCUGGGCCACGUCACCAGGGCCAAUGCCAGGACACCUUGCUUCAGUCACAACCACCGUGACCUCCACACCAGAUACCUCUUCAACCUCAGUGGAAGUGACCUCUCCACCUGUCCCAGCUUCGUGUUCGGUUCAUACAUCCGUAGACACAGAGUGGUCCCUACACUGGGGAACGCCCUCUCAUUGUCGCCCUGGCCCAUGGGAGGCGAGGGCGGGGGCUCCACACUCCACUUGCUCGGUGGUGUGUGUUGUGUUACAGGUGAGGCUUUGACCCACCCGGCACACGCAAAUGCGAGACAACUGGACUGUGAUCGUGUUGGCUCUCCCCGUACACAAUUACACUUUCUACCACACUGUUGUUCCAACCAAAACAUUCUAUUUUCUUUUCACUCUUCUUUGGUUGCAGACACAAGUCCCACUCGGGAAGAGGAGACCUCUUCACCAGCCAUACAUCUGAUUUCAACAAAAGCGACAUCAUCACCUGUUACAAUUUCAACUGGUGAAGACAUGAUCCCUUUGCCUGACCCUCCCCUGCGCCUGGCGGGCGGGCGCAGCCGCUGCGAGGGCCGGGUCGAGGUCCGCCACCAGGGCGUGUGGGGCACGGUGUGCGACGACCACUGGGACAUCAGGGACGCCCGCGUCGUGUGUCGCCUGCUGCGCUGCGGCCCCGCGCUCGCCGCCCCGGGGCGCGGCCGCUUCGGCCCGGGCUCGGGGCCCAUCCUGCUGGACGACGUGCGCUGCGCGGGCACCGAGGACACGCUAGGCCGCUGCGGCCACUCGGGCUGGACGCGCCACAACUGUCGCCACCGGGAGGACGCGGGCGUGGUCUGCGCAGUUCCAGCCAUGCCUCCUGCUGUCGGCGGACCCACUGGCAAGGGUAAUUCGCUUUCCAUUCUUGGAUCAUACACCAGGGUUGAUUGGGUACAGCUACCGAAGGAUCAAAGGUCUGGGGCCAAAAGUAUCAGAAGGGGUUGAGUGAAUCUGGCCAGCCGUGCUUCCUGGCCAGGACCCUAGCCACAGGUGACUGUCCCGCCUUGCUUCUGUGCUGGGGAGGCCUUCGAUGGCUAUGAACUGCCUACUUCCCGGCCUGAGAUUCCGAGCAUGUCCUGUGCAUGGGAAGGGACACCAGCCCGAAUUCACUCAUGUGAUGGUGUUUAUAAUCUGCAAAGCCCUGUAUUUACUAUUCUCUUGGUGUUGAUGACACCCGUACUCUCAACGCUUCUUCACGCACACCGGGAUCCCUCCCUCCUGCUCCAUCGGGAGGUUCUGGGCCCUCUCCCUUCCCAUUGCUUGGAGUACUCUCAAGCCAUGGUGCUCCAGCUUCCGUAGCUCAACAGAAUGAGCCCAUUUCCCGGCACUGCAUGUUCUACUGCUGCCUAUACCCUCCUCCUCCAUAUUGCACGGCUGACGUUUGCUUCUCACCAGGCCUGGCUGCCUCUGCUGUACCCAAAGACAGCGGUAAGCCCUCCCCUCUAAACUGCGGGAAGGCGGAACUAAGACAGCAGUUGUCCCGGGAGAGAGAACGGGUUUUGAGGGGGCACCAGCUUCUGUCUCCACCGAGAUCUCUCACAUGUCUAUCUACUCGCCGGGCUUCAGGAAGCUGGGGAAGAAGCCUCUUAACACCUAUGCUCCCUCCCUCUUUGCUCCCACGCCCUUGCCUCAAAUAGAUGUACAUUCAGCCUCGGGUGUCCUCAACACGGGAAAGGGGCCGUUCUCUAAAUCUAUAGACGAGGCUCUGACUCUCGGCGCGUGGGACGUGUGCUGUGUGUAUAAGACUCCCAUGAUAUGGUGUGACUUUUUGGAAAAGAGAGGAUAUAAAUAAAAUCAGCGGAAGUCAAGUCAAGGGUGGGGGGUGAUGGGAGCUGAGGCAGCCCCCGGGCGCAAAGUACGAUUAUCCAUGCUUUAUAAAGUAAGCAUGCACCCAUGUCCCAGACCGACGCGCCCAGUGUACCAAAUCGUCUUUGUGAGCUUCUCCCCAUGCUCCUCCUCCUGCAGCCUGGCUCUCCUGCUUGCCUCACCUCUUCCAAGUCACCAUUGACCGAGGUUAUCUCCGGAGGCUGGGCUACUCCUCCUGGGACAUCCACUUAAAUGAUGAGCUGUGUCGUCCCCACGUCACAGGGCGCUAUCUGAUCUUCAACAUUCCCUAUGGUCACUGUGGCACCGUCAGACAGGUAAGAAACUGAUGGGGUGGUGGUACCCUUCUGUGGACGGAGGCCAAGGAGAGAGAUUUGGAAAGUUCAACCACCUGUUAAAAACCUGGCAGGGCCAGAAGAAAGGCAUGGCCAUGAUUUUGUUUCUGAUUUCAGUGAGACCUGGAGCACUCACUAAUUUGUCUGAAAUUUUCCUUCUUUUUGGGAAUUUAGAGUACGUACUGAAUUUGGAAUACACAGUAAUAAGUGCUGAGUGCUGAUGGACUGAUGGGUGGGUAAAUAGACAGAUGGAUGAAUGGAUAGAUGGAUGGAUGAUGGGUGCUGUUCUUUUAGCUCCAAAGCUGAGCAUUUUCCACAACUUGCUUCUUUAUUCACCGUUAGUGCACACCUACUAUGUGCACGCUAUGGCGCUGGGCAUGGGAGAGGACAAAUGAUCUGACAGCUGCGUUCUAACCAGACAGCUAGCUGUAUUCCCCAAUCAAGAAAGCAUAGACAUUUGGAUAUAAUGAAAUGUGUAUGUCUGUCUCAUUUUCCUUAACCACCAGCUUAUUUCACGAGACAAUGUCACUGAAGUUAAGGAAACAAGCGAAGAGUGUGUAACUACAAAAUCGCACUUUUCUCAGCAUACCUAACAAUGUACCAUCAAUGUACCACGUUACACAGCAUGGUCUCCAUGCUAUUCCUCUCUUCCUUUGUAUCAGUAUUUAGACACACAGAACAGCAAACAUUUGGCAUUGUUGGAGGUUUGAUUCAUUCAAUAGCCUGCAUGACGCCAAGUGACCGCUUCACUCCAUACUUCACAUUUUGUCUAGUUGGUUGUGCAGACCCAUGGUCGUCCUUAUCCUUUUUGCUCUGAACCUUCUAGUUUUUACCUCAGAGGUU